CCCAGUGACGUGGAGAAGGCAAGAUGUCGCAGAGGAAGAUAUUCCUGAUCUUCGUGGCCAUCAGUACUGUCAGUCUCCUGUUGCACCAUGGGGGCCACUUGAGCUGGACCAUGGAUGCCUUCCACCUCGGUUGUCCUGCCAUCCAGUCCCACCCUGCCCCAGGCUUGAAACCCAAACACACCAAUGUGGCCUUCCUCAAGACCCACAAAACGGCCAGCACCACCAUGCAGAACCUGCUGUUCCGCUUUGCCGAGCGUAACAACCUGACGGCGGCGCUGCCCGUGCAGGCCUGCAGCCACCAGUUCUGCUACCCGCGCUCCUUCACCUCUCACUUCGUCCAUCCGCACACGCUGCCACCAAAUAUCAUCACCAGCCACAUGCGCUUCAACAAGGCGGAGCUGCAGCGUCUGAUGCCCAACGACACAAUAUAUGUCACCAUACUGAGGGAGCCCAGCCACAUGUUCGAGUCCCUGUUCAGUUACUACAACCAGCACUGCCAGAGCUUCAAGAGGGUCCCCAACGGCUCCCUGGAGGCUUUCUUAGAGGAGCCCUGGCACUACUACCGGCCGGAAGAAAAAGACUCCAUGUAUGCACGCAACUCCUUGACGUUCGACUUGGGUGGAGACAAGGACCGGCCAUCAACAGAUGUGGCAUAUGCACGGUCCUUUGUGGCUGAGGUGGACAGAGUUUUCUCCCUGGUGUUGAUCGCUGAGUACUUUGAUGAAUCGCUGGUUCUCCUCCGUCACCUCCUCUCCUGGGAUCUGGAGGACAUACUCUAUGUCAAGCUCAACAUGAGGACCCCGAGCUCGAAGCGGAGCCUGACACCGGGACUUCCUGCAAAGAUCCGAGCCUGGAAUUCUUUAGAUGCACGUCUCUAUGACCACUUUAACGCCUCACUGUGGCGCCAGCUGUCAGCUCUCGGCCCAGCCUGCGUGGCUAGGGAGGUGCGACUCCUACGGCGAGCCCAGGAGAGGCUGAUGAGAAGCUGCUUUGGUGAUCGGAUGCCACUUCGGUCGGCUGCACAGAUUAAAAACAAGGAACUCCGACCAUGGCAGCCUAGUGGAAAAGUCGACAUCGUGGGGUACGACCUACCAGUGAAUCUCAGCAGUGGGUUCUCGAGUCAGGCCCAGGAGCUCUGCCUCAAGCUCAUCCUGCCAGAAAUCCAGUACACACGGGUUCUCCUACGCUCCCAGUCGCUGCGCUACCGUCGAGUCUACCAGCUCCGGCCCCAGCAGCAGUCACAUACCCUCCAGCAGCCCUUACGCACAGUCCUGCCUCGGCAUCGCAGUCCACAGCCCGCUGCAGCUCCGGGUCCUCCAGGAACACGGUCCAUGGCCACCUCGAAGCCUGCUGCAGGGUCUCAGAGUCGGACCACAAAGUUAGGGUCUAAAUCCUCAUAGGUCCAGACCUCAUAGUCUGGAAAACAGAAACUUGAAUAUGACGAUGAGAGCCCAACAGACAUGCAUUGUUCUGCUCAUCCUGAUCCACGAGACAGGGGUUGGCUGUUGGUGGGGGGUGUGGAGACAAGGGCACCUGGGUUGAUCUUGAAUCUGUGUCCCUCCUGUUCCUUCCACACAGCAUCUGGGAUAAAAAAAAAAACAAAAGAGGGAACAGGAGGGAAAGGGGAAUGAGACGUAUCUGGACUCAACUUGAAUCGUUCCCCUCUCUGGUCUGUGAAAGCAAAUCAGCGUUGGCAAAAAACAAGGGGCGGGAGAAACCCACACUGGGACUCGGCUCAGUUGCACACCUCUACACGCUCGACCACGGCGGACGGGAGAAGAGUUUGAGGGGAAAGUGGUUCUUUUGAAGCAAAUCUGUUAUGUGCAGCCAGGACUCAAUAAAGAAGUGGUGAUAUCAGGCCUAUUGUGCGGCACAGAGUGGGCUUUGUGUGCAUCACACUGGUGUAGUGUCAUGUUACUUACUUUCAGUCUCUCUUUCUCAAACUCUGUUCCCCCCCCCCCCCCCCCCCCCCACAUGCCACUUCAAGUCUUUGAGAGAGACAUAAAGGGAUCAGCCGACAGGUCUCCAAAGAGAAUCCUACGAGACCAGACCUCCAUCCAUUAGCACAAUAAACAACUCUUCUCUUCUUCUCUCACAAACUAUUCACCCUGAAGCAAUGACUCACAGAGAGACUCAACUCUUCAACCUGUCUGGUUUCCUCCCCGCUUCCCCCGAACUCUCACCCAUCUCCCACCCUCUCCCCCCUGCUGGUACCCUCGGGUCAGUCCAGCUCUCCUCACCAGCUCAAAGCACCGUCAGUGUGUUUCACUCUGUGGGCUUUUAUUUUUAAUCUCGGGUGUUAUCCAGGUCUAUAUGCUCGACACUGAAGGAUCUACUGAGCUACCAGCAGCCCCAUCUUACCACACACACUGAAAACCUAAAACAACUGGACAGGACAAAGACUCGGAGACUGUGGGUGUUUGAAUAUUUAAUCGUCUUGUCUCGCAGCCCUCCUAUGGCCCAAGCGCUUGGGUUACACGGCCUUACAUUUUCAUUAAGGACAUUUUGGACCAGGUGAAGGAUUUAAACCCAGAUCAUGUUAAGGGGCUUGAAGCCUCUCGGUCGCUCUGGGUUGAUGAUGGACUCUGUUUAUAUAUUUAAUGUGUAAUUUAUGUUCUUUUAUUCCUCCGGUGAUCAGCAGGGCACCGCUAAGUAACUGGGGGGCGGUGGAAGGAUGUCUGGGAGUGUGCGAGAGUGUGUGUGUGUGCGUGAGAGUCGUUCCAUUUUUUUUUUUUUUUUACAUCUGUCGGCAUGGAAACAAAUGGAAAAAAGAGUUGUUCAAACUAUGUAUUAUUUAUUAUCGGGACUUAAAGAGCCCCAUUACUAUUUUUAACUGUUAUGUUUCAUGACUCACUGAAGAGUUGUGCUUCUGCAUCGAGGAAGCAAAACGUCACAGGUUCAGCACAUGACCUGCGGCGGCAGCGGUGGAACGAGGCAUGUGGCAACACUAUGAAAUAUUAAUGGUAUACGUGUUUUACAUAAUGCAGAACUACAAAGACCACUUCUGGGAACCGCACAUUGAAACGAGUGUGGUGGCUUCGCGAUGAUUGUUUCCCUCCGCGGUGCUUAAGUGCUCCACCACGCCGUGCGCCUGUGGUUGGAUUUUGUCGCACUGUGCUCACAAUCCUGAAAAACACCAGAAUAUAAAAGAGAGAAAUGGAGCAGGUGGGAAACAGAGUGCUUCUGAAUAUCUGAAUUCUAAUGUGAGCUUAUCGGAACCUCACACAGAACUUUAUAUUUAUUUGCGGAUCUUUAUGUUCAGAUGCUCGAAGACACAUACACUGUAAAAAGUCACGUCGAAGGAUCAUUCUUUAACAAAGCCCGUGAAAAGAGCAACACUGAGGAAUCUGUCGGUCGCUGUAUUGACUCGUGCUGAAGACGACUUUAAAAGUCUCGCACGAUCUCAAAUGAAAUGAAUAUUUCCAGCUGUGGAUGAAAGCACAUCUGAUGCAGUGGUGAGCAUUCAUGGCACCAGGACAGUGACACGUGGGAUCAACUCGUCGUAGUGAAAGACGAUGUCACUUUGACUUCACACAUCAAACUACCGAGCACGCGUGACAAUGGAGUUUGCAGUUGUAGAAAAUGCUCACACACGUGUUUCGGUGAAUCUGCAGAAAGAUGCUUCAGGAGUUGCAAACUUGUAGAUGUUGCAAAUUAAAUAAAAGAUGUGAAGUCCCGGACAAAAUGUGCAACGAGAGACGCACUCAAGUUCUGAACUCUCGGACAAACUUCCAGCACAAAGACAAGUCCGGAACUGCAACUGAGUGAAUCAGAGUCACAGAAACGGAUUUAACCUGGGAAACGUUCCGCCGGUGAUUUGUUUACGUGUAGAGUCUGGGGCGGGGCUUUGUGAAGUCAGCUAAUGCUGCUGAGUAGAGUUUACACCUCCGCCUUAAAUAAAAUCAACCUGCAGGAUCAGAAAUCUCAUUCCCCUGAAUAUGACAGAACUUUCUGAACCAGACCUCAGACCUCACAAAGUUUCGUGGUCGUUUCGGAAGCGGACGGGGGUGAAAACGUAACGAGUCCUCUGCUCUGCACCAACUCGUCUUCUUCAUGGUUGCUCUUGGUCUUUUCAUGGGAUUUGUUGGCAGCAAGAGAAACAAAGAACACGGUCGACCUGUCGAUCAGUUUUACUGCCGCCGCUCUUUCUCACUGGAUUUAAUUCAUUUGACUUCAGUUGUUGAAUAAAAAAUAAGCUCAGCGUUGAAUGAAAGUUUUGAAAAUCUGCUGUAAAAUAAAAAGCUGCUGCUC